AUGCCUACAUACCCGAUCCGACGCCGGCCUCGUGAGUGCAAAACUUGUCUACCAUGUCGCGCCAGUAAGGUUCGCUGCGAUCGCAACGUCCCGUGCGGGAACUGCGUCAAACGUAACUUUACUUGUUCUUACGGUCGUCCGCCGCCAACCCAAUCUAAACCGCCGCUCAUUCCAGAUCCUACCUUUUCAGCUGCCGCCUCAACUGUCUCUACGCCUCAAUUGCCUUCUAGUUCAGCCUAUAUAUCGUCUAGUCGAGACGAUGCCCCCAUUCCCUCCUACAGCGCAGAGCCGACCUCGGAUGAUGCUCUGUCGGAAACCGUGACGAUUACUCAGUUUGAAUGGGAUGAGGUGAACUCGAAGAUGCGCGCGAUGGAGUCAAUAUUAGCCAGUCUGAACUCGCUUUUUCAGACCCAUGCGGCGAGGAAAUCCAUCGACCCUCGGUCCGAGCAGUCGGUGACUGAAGACGGCAAAUCUCCAGCACCUCAAGGGAUCUAUAACGAGAAUACGAUGAAAACGGGCUCCAUUCACAUUGGCGCAAAGUCGGCUUUGAUAGAUAUUCUGGAUAGGACAAAAGGCUCGGAUGGUACGGCGGCCGCGUUGCCGAAGGAAGACUUGCUGGCAGAAUUAGCGAUGGAAAACGAGGCCGCCUCAUAUCCUUUCGUCGAUCUUUGGUCGUCUGAUCCGUACACCUUUAACAUCGCCGGGGUCUGUGGCGUGUUGCCGGAUGACGAACAAUGUCGCAGCAACGUGCUAUCGUAUAAUAUGAACGCUGGUGCUUCUUAUACCUUACUCGGGAUGACAGAGCGGAUGUGUAUGAGUCUCGGGCUUCAUGUUGAAACACCGGGGUUCUCGCAAAACGUCACAGCGUCUCGGAGAAGAGUAUGGUGGGCAAUGGCUUUCCAGAAUAGUCAUUUCUCCUUAGCUUACGACCGACCAUCCAUCACUAUGGUAAGCCAGCCGGAAAUUCCCUAUGAUAGGAAAUCAAUGCCUGGCCAUCGCUCCUACUUUGAAAGCCUUUGCCGUAUUAUUUCUGUGGUGCUGGAGAUGUUGCGAGGACUUAUGCUGUCGCACCACUCUCACCUGCGGUAUCAUGAAAUCCGCGAGUAUAAACAGCGAAUAGAGCGCAUUCUUGCAGAUACUACCCCUCAUUUGCGAUAUCGGGAACGCUGCGUCACCUUGGCUGAACACAUUGAGCGGACCGAGUUGCGGCUACACUCAUCCUACUAUAUCUCAGUCAUGUGUCGAGUAUCUUUGGACCCAGACGCACCGCUAGAUGAGCAGCGACGUGCGGUGGUCCGGGAGGACUGUAUAACCAAUCUCAUGAAUACGAUCGAAGCUUUCAUUGAGCUGCAUUCACUUCAUUCCCACUGCUCACGUAGCUGGGUCAGUCUCCAGCGAACCAUCGCAUCCGCGUUCCUGCUGGUUGCCAACAAUAACGACCAUAUUCACCCACAGACGUGGGAGUUGAUUGAGAAAUUAGAAGCAGUCAUCGCUGAACAUGUGACUGGGGAUGGAAAUGUAAACCACAACACCCGGACGGAUUCGGCCAGGCAUUUGGCAUCAUCUCUCCACGCCCUCCGGGAAGUUAGUGCUGCGUUCUAUUCUAGGAAGAAGAAGAAGAAGAAGGCACCAGGCCUAACCUCGGAAGCUAUUUCCCCGAAAACCGUGCUCACGUCACCCGCUUCGGUAGCUGCCACCGCCCCAUCGCCUUAUGCUGCCGGAUACAGUGUGAGUUCCUCCGAGGACGGACAUAUUGACAACAUCCUAAAUCAGGUGUCGGAUGUGAUGUUGUUCCCUACCCUGAACAUGGGCAGUUCAUGA